AUGUCGCUCACCAGCCUACCUACGGAGAUUCUCCACCAGGUGAUCGAUGAUCUGCUGCCGGAAGGUCUGGAAAGUAUCGCGUUGACGUGCAAAGCUCUCUACCAAGUGUCGAGCACUCUCUUCGCGUUCCACAGGCGCAUGCGAGACCGCUACGAGCACUUUUCUUACUCGAAGUCCAAGUCCGUCGACGGCGUAGAGACAUGGGACUCACGAACGGAAGCCUCCGGCAUCAAGAUCCGGCAUGCCGCUGAUCUGCUCCAGCGGAUAGCUGAAGACCCCCGCGUCGCGCGCUACAUCCGGUUCGCUGACUUUAAGGCCGACGCCUCGAUUGCGUCUUAUCCUAGUCCGAUGGAGACACUGGAGGGUGGAUCAGUGCUGGACAGACUCGCGGAGAACGUCGCCAUGAUGCGCCUGGUCCGGGAAUCGACGUGGCCUUAUCUUCGCGAUGCAGGACUUGAUCCUCAGGCUCUGCCCGAGAAGCUACCCCCUGUCGUCGACACACUGGUCUUGCUCACAAUGCUUCCCAAUGUUAGACAGCUCGCCCUGCCUAGGUACUGGGGGAGUGCAUGGGAUAUGGCAGCGCAUUACAACGAAUUCCUAGACGGCGUUCUGGGCGCAGUUCUCCGUCGCGCGAAUGAGGCAGACCAUCCGCAUCCAGGAGCGUCCUUAUCGAGACUAUCCAUAAUAGCGCCACACCAAGGGUCAGGCUACGACACGCACGACGCCCUUGAACUAUACGAUCCAUUCCUGGCCUUGAACUCCCUGCGCGAGUUCUACAUGGGUAGUAUGGUUGCCGAAACUGCCAGUGCCAACGGCGCGUCUUUCAGUCCCAGUCACGACAAAUACAGCCCGCAGCUGAAGAAGAUCGAGCUGGUCGCGAGCGUCAUGGGAAGGCCCGAAUGGGUCCGUCUGCUGUCGCGGACACCCAAUUUGGAGAUCCUCCGCAUGUCGCACGAGAACAAAUUCGAGUGGCUGGGGCAGUCCUGGGACCUCGGCGAAACAAUGAACACGAUCCAGCAGGUCGCGGGCAAGCACCUGAGGGAGCUAUGCCUCUCGGCGUCCAACUGCUGGUCCACAGGCACCACGCUUACCAAUAUGUCGGGAUUCGAAUGCCUCGAGGUCCUAGAGUUGGACGUCAGCAUGUUACUCCAGACCGCGUACGAAGACGAUGGAAGGGGGGGAGAUGAUACCGAUGGAGAGGACAUGGACUGGAUGGAUCGGCUUGAGGCUCUUGAUAAAGAGCCAAAGCAUACAAGCUGCCUCGUCGAUAUUCUACCAGCAUCUAUCCAAACUGUCCGGCUGGUCGGGUGGGGGCAUCCGACACCACUCAGAGAAUAUGAAGAAUCGUUCAGGGCCGUCAAGACCCUCUUCAGGUGGUUCGCCCUCGAGAGGCCCUCCAAGCUUCCCGCCCUGAAGGAAAUCUCUUUCACGCGGCAGGCAGCCAAUUGUAUGGUUCUCCCGGAGUACAAGGAGGUACUUGACUAUCUGGAGAGGGAGGGCUGUACCAUUGUGGAUCCUAACGCCUGCUGGGCUAUCCAUCUCAAAGACACUUUCUACGAGCGUUUCGGCGUCGAGGCAGACUACUAA